ACUGGUAUCGCAAAUUCAUUCCUAAUUUCGCUCGUAUAGCUGCACCGCUACAUAAAGUAACCAACAAAACAAAACAUCGUCGACAUGAAUAUAGAUGGGGACCUGAACAACAACAAUCCUUUGAGGAAUUUAAACAUAUACUAACAACAUCUCCUUUAUUUUUAGAAUAUCCAGAUUUGUCAACUCCAUUCACAUUAACAACUGAUGCAUCAGAUAUUGGCAUUGCUGGGAUUUUAAGACAAGAUACACCAGCUGGAACAAAGAUCAAUUAUUUUAAAUCUCGUGUCUUAAAUGAUACUGAACGUAAAUAUGAUACAUUUGAAAAAGAAGCAUUAGCCAUUUAUUGGUGCAUUACCGAACUUCGAUCUUAUAUAGGUGACUCUAAUUUUAUUGUCGAAACAGAUCAUCGACCACUUGAAAACUUCCACCUUAAACAAAUCAAUAAUAAACGUGCAAACAAUACUGCUGCAGAUUAUAUUUCACGGUAUAUUUCUUCAUCAACAUCUGGUGAUACCACACCACCUGGUCCAACUAAUACACUUCAUUCUCAUACGUGCGAUAAUACUGAACUUAAUGCUGUUACAACGAGAGCACAAGCCAAACUUCUUGCUCAACCACGUUCAUCAACAUCAAUAGCACCUGAAUCUACUCGUUCUUCUCCAUCAGCAAGUACUCAAUCAUAUGAUUUUAGUUUAUCACGUAUACGUACCGAACAAAACACUGAUAUGAAUAUUUAA